AAUACUGGUACACGUGACGUGUCAUGUGACAACCAAGUAGAUAAAAGGCGUAACGUUAGUAUUAUUCUCUUCUGUUGGAUAAUCUUCCAGUGAUUCGACUAAAAAAUGUUUUUCCCAUAAUAUUAUCAAUUUGACUCUCAAAUGUCAUACAAAAUUUGCCUUUAAUUAUUUAGAGUUUUACAAUAGCAUCUAUUCCAGUAAUAUUCUGUUAUUAUCGCUCAGUUUUGUAUUCUAAUCUAUUUUUAAUAUCUAUUGCAGAACACGGAAAAUGGGCGAUUUUGUUAAAUCUCGUGAAUACGAUAGCUUCAGAAGUAGCAUUCCUCAAAAGAAAAUUGUCGUCGACGGAGACGAAGACAGAACUUGGGUGAUAUAUGAUGCUGGACCUCGAAAUAUAAGAUGUCCUUUAGUCUUUCUACCUCCCGCCAGUGGUCGAGCUACAGUAUUUUAUAAGCAGCUGCUGACACUCUCUGCAGCUGGCUAUCGUGUUAUAGCUCUAGACUAUCCUGUAUAUUGGAAUAUGAAACAAUGGAAUGAAGGAUUCUGCAAGUUAAUAGACUAUUUGCGUCUAGAUAAAAUACAUAUAUUUGGUGCUUCACUUGGAGGUUAUCUUGGACAAAAAUUUGCUGAGAGCACUUACCUAGCUCAGAGGGUACAAUCACUAAUACUAUGCAACUCUUUCUCUGAUACCAGCAUCUUCCAGCAAAGUAACUCUGCUCCGGCGUAUUGGAUGUUGCCGGGCGUUAUACUCAAGAAAAUGAUUAUGGGCAAUUUUGAAAGAGGCCGUGUUGAUAAGGGCAUAGCCGCCUCAGUAGACUUUAUGGUUGACAGUUUGGAUAGUUUAGGACAGCAGGAAUUGGCGUCUAGACUGACUUUAAACUGUAUGAACUCAUAUGUUGAAGCGCACAAACUUGGCGAUAUACCCGUAACAAUUAUUGAUGUAUUGGACACCAGUGCUUUAUCAGUUUCAGUUAAAGAUGAUAUGUUUAAAUGCUAUCCUAGCGCGCGAAGAGCUCACUUGAAGAAUGGGGGAAAUUUCCCUUACCUUAGCCGAGCAGAGGAAGUUAACGUCUACAUACAAAUUCAUUUAAAAAAUUUUUGGGGAUCAAAAGAGAGUGCGCUUUCGGGUGAUAGAGAGAUGGAAAUGCUGUCAACAAAAUCUACAGAAUCGGAUGAUAGUACUUCUAACUAA